GGGUAAAAGUGCUUAUCUGGUCACACCAAACAUGGCAACAACAAAUGUUUUAACCAAAUAAAUUAAAAAUAACUAUUUUCUGUAUAAAAUGCUGCUAAAUAAAAAGAACCUCAUGUACAAACAGCUAGUGGAAAAGCUGUACGACAAAUGUCAGAAGAUACAAGCGGAAAAUGAGCGCUGUGUGAUGAGGGUAAACGGAAUUAAAAAGAUAGUGAGAAGGCGAAACCACGAUGUGGAAAUACUGAAAAGGCGACUGGACAAGCACGGAGACGACUGGCGCUCAGUUCCCAUGGUGGUACCGCAUCCCAAGGGAAAAACCGAGCAGAAACGCCGGGGACCCAAACCCAAAAACAAACAGGCGGCAGAUGGUACGGGAGCUCCCGGAUCCGAACCUGGAUCCAAUCCUCCAGUACCUCGUAAACCACGAAAGCAAAAAGCCAAACCGCCACCAACAACCUUUAAUCCAAUAGUCCCGCCUCCACAUCCACAACCUCAACUUGGAACCUGAACUUAAGCUAUUCUCUGGCACAUUCUAUUUUUAAGAACAAAAACUAUUAAAUGUACUUUAUUAUUAAGUUAAAUAAAAACUAUACCAUUGUAAACGUUAAUGAUGCAAAUACAAUUAAAUAAGGC